AUGCAUUGGUCAUAUUCCAGGAUAUGCAAAAGAGUGAAAUGGAACUCUAUUUUCACUUAUAAUAUUAUCAUUGAAGGGUUGUGCAAGGCUGGGAAGGUGGAAGAUGCGUGGAAGAUAUUUUGUAGCCUCGAUCUCAAAGGAGUGAAGCCUGAUGUUAUAACCUACACCACAAUGAUCUCAGGGCUAUGUAAGAAAGGUUUAAAGGAGGAAGCAAUUGCCUUGUUCAGGAAAAUGAAAGAAGAUGGGCCUCUUCCAGAUAGCGGUACCUAUAAUACGCUGAUUAGGAGAUAUCUUAGAGAUGGUGACAGAGCCGUAUCAGCAGAACUCAUCAACGAAAUGAAGAGCUUCGGGUUUGCUGCAGAUGCUUCAACCUUUGGCUUGGUCACUCAUAUGUUGUCUGAUGGGAGACUGAACAAAAGCUUCCUCGAUAUGCUUUCUUGA